CCUGUCCGAUCUCUUAGAAGUUUCAGCAUUGCUUCUCCGCAAGCUCAUAUAUUCUCCGAUGAAUCUGCUGCUUCUUUGAUCGGUUUGAACUCCAACAUCGGUUACCCAGACGAAGAUUCGAUUUUGGAUACUACAAAAAUUUACACCGCCUUCAACACCACCGGGUUAACAGUCCAUGAAGGGUUUCAUUUUUUACAAGGCGAUGGAAAUCUCCCCAAGAUUCUAGUUUCCAUUGUGGAUUACAAUCCAAUGCUGUUUGGAAAAAACAGAAUCGUUCUUUCGGUUAUUUUGAUGGAUGAUGAAGCAAAAGACAGAGUGAAUAAAUUGAUUGGACCAAUAGGAGAACAGUAUUCCGUGCAUCAUAUUUCGAAGAAUAUUCCAUUUCUGGUACCGUAUAGAUCGUGGCUCUCACAUUUGGCUGCAAUCGUUUUGGCCACAGAUGCUAGAAUCUGUGGUCGCCCACUUUCAAAUGAGCUCUUGGAGAAGAAGCUCGCGGAUCCUUAUGAGAUUGAAAUGGCAAUGUCAAGUAAGUACGUGGAAAACUCAAUCAAAGCGAAAAUGAAUAAAAGAGGACUACGGGCGUGGAGAGCUUUAGAUGAAGCUGUAAAAAACAACACUCCUCUUUAA